GUGCCUUGAGGCACUCAUUACAUUAUUUACAAUUUUAAAAAUAAUAAACGCUAUUUUUACGUUUAAAUAUUUUUUAGCCGUUAAGAAUAGAUGUUCAAUUAUGUAUAGAAGCUUUGAAAGCUCUCAGAAGCUUUUAACGGUACUUUUUGUUUAUACUUGCACAGAACGUGUGUUUCGCCGCGUGUGAAAUUUGAGCUGCAGUGAAGUGGGAUUUCUUUUGAAUAUAAAAGUUAAAAUAUAAAACUAAACCAAACCAUUAAUUUUUUACUGAGAUAAAAUAUGGCAAAUCGAAAGCGCUUCAAGUUAUUCGACUUGACAGAUGAUCAGUUAAUGGAAUUAUUUGAGUCAGUCCCGUCAGAUGAGGAGGUCUCAAAUAUUUCUAGUGACGACGAGGACAAUGAUUUAAAUGUGGUGGAAGCUCUAAACGCUGCAUUAGAGGAAGCCGAUUCUGUCUCUUUUAUAGUUGGCAAUAAGGAAAAUGUUUUAAAUAGUGCCCAGGAUCCUAAGUCUACUGGAAAGGCUACAAAACGUCCUCGAUCGCCAUUGCCAACUAUAGAAGAUUCGGGAUGCGAAUAUUUACCAAAUUCUGGAGGAUUUAAUGCUGCUGGUCUUGAAUCGAUUACAAAGGAACCCACUAAGAUUCUCUGGAGGGAGCAAUCGAUGCAGUUGCAUGUAAACUGUAUAGCCUUUCGUGGAGAUUCCUCGCUUACAGAAGAAAUUGAGGGGCUGGAAACUCCAUUUGAGAUAUUUUCUACUUUUUGAUGGAGAAAUUAUGAAAUUGAUUGUCGAGGACACAAUGCGCGCAGCUUUAACUGAUAACAUUUCAAAUAAUUUCAAAAUUACCAUCGAUGACAUUCAUCAUUACAUCGGCAUUCUAAUUUACAUGUCGAUUUACCGCUAUCCGAAUUUGAGGAGUUAUUGGGGACAAAAUGCGUUCGGACCCAUUCAAAAUUGCAUGACCCGACACAGA